AUGACAACCGAAUCUAAGGAAGGAAAAAACUCGUCAACACUUCCAAACAUAAUUGUGACGGGUGUCCCAGGAGUUGGUAAAAGUACAUUAUGUGAAGAACUAGUUGAAAUCAUAAAUAAAGAUCUUGAAGAAAAGUUUAAAAUAAAUGAAAAAGAAGAACCACUAAAAAUGGUACAUCUAAAUUUAUCAAAUAUUAUAAAAAAUGAAAGAUUAUAUGAAGAAUAUGAUGACGAAUUAGAUGCAAGCAUAUUCAGUGAAGAGCUAGUAAAUCAAAAAUUAAAAAAUUUAAAUUUCCAAAAUGGGGGUUAUAUAAUAGAUUUUCAUGAUGUUAAUUUUUUAUAUGACAAUAAAUAUAUCGAUAAAAUUUUUUUACUAACAGCAUCAACAAAUGUUUUAUAUGAACGUCUAGAAAAAAGAAAUUAUACACAAGAUAAAAUUAAAAAUAAUAUUGAAUGUGAAAUAUUUCAAGUUAUAAAAGAAGAUAUAUUAGAAAAUUAUGAAGAUGAAAAUAUUUUUGUAGAAUUACAAAAUAACAAUUUAGAAGAUCAUGACAAAAACAUCUCUUUUAUUCAAAAAUGGAUUCAUUCAUAUAUGACUAACUGA